AUGGUCCACAGCAGCGGCAGCAGUAUCUGCAGACUCUUCCUGUUGGUCCUUCUUGGGCUCUUCAUCGCUUUCAUACACACAGAAACAGUUUUUGACCCGGUCUCAACAACCAGAGACAACCAGGAUACCACGUCCGGAGAGCCGCCCAGUGACGUCACCACCAAAGACCCUUUCCAGGACAUGACGGAGCAGUCCUCCACCAGUGACUAUGAGGACAUCACCCACUCCCUGACCAUAGACGAGGAAGAAGGAGUCCUGGGGGCCGGGGCCAUCACAGCCAUUGUUAUUGCGGUGUUCCUGGGAGCUUCUGUCCUUCUCGCCCUCAUCGUUAUCGCACUGAGAAAGUUCACAUCAUCCUAG